UACAGCUGUCUAUGCUGUAUGAUGGGUGAAGUUUAAGGCAGAUCAUCACCGAACACAUACAUAGGAGCUGCCAGGAGUCAAUGCAGGAAACAUUACCUGUAAAUGCAGUUAUUGAUGACCAGGCGCGCGUGAGUGGGUUUCCUACCUGGUGUUUGAUUAGAUUUCCUGGGAGAGCUUCAUAGAUUACCACCACCCCCUAAACAUUAGGCUGUCUUUGAGCGAUAACAGCCUGUGGGUGAGCCGGCGGUCAGAUCCUCCUCUCAUUGCUGACCAACACGUUCUACGAUGUGUAGGAUUAUUUUUUCGUAAAAAUGAAAGUAUGUGAAAUGUGAUUACAUUUCAUUGGAAAUGAAAACUGGAGAAGUGGGGUAUGACUUUUCUGUGAAAAAUGCACGGCGGUUUUUAACUGUUAAUGGGGGUAUAAACUUUCGGCUUCACUGACCCCCCAGUCCCUGGUUUCGCUGACCCCCGUUUUGCGAUGAGUGACCGCUCGUACGUACUUAUCAUAGAGUGGGACGACACAAGCUGGCGAUGGCGAGUGCACGAGAGGAGACACAUUGGGAUCAGACGGCUCUUCACCCGACGCUCCCUUGUUUGGUGGUUAGGCCUGGGACUAUUUUCUGCACUGCUCACGUUUUUGUACAUCAACGGCUCCAAGUCUCUGGCGGCACUGCCCGACAAAAUCAACACCACCUAUGAUUUCGUUAUAGUUGGAGGCGGUACAUCGGGCUCGGUAUUGGCCAAUCGUCUGUCUGAGUCCCCGGAUGUGACCGUCCUACUACUGGAGGCGGGAGGUCUGGACUCUGAUCCAGAUAUCCAGAUCCCACUCCUAUCCUCACUGGAACGGAAGUUGGAACAUACGUGGAAAUUUACGACGACCCCGCAGGAGCACGCCUUUAAAUCUUUGGAUGGAAAGAGGGGUCGCUUGAACACAGGGCGAGUGUUGGGUGGGCGGAGUACCGUCAGCAGUAUGGUGUACCUCCGCGGGAGCAGCAAGAACUACAACCUGUGGGAGAGGCUGGGUGCCGCAGGGUGGGGAUUCAGGGACGUCGUCCCGUACUUCCACAAACUAGAAAACUUUCGAAUAGAAGAAUUCCAAACUUCAGCAUAUCAUUCCACAAAAGGCCCUGUAAUGGUCAGCGACGGAUCUCAGACACACCCUCUACUUCACGACAUCUACCAGAAAGCCUCAGCGACCCUGGGGCUGAAGUCCACUGACUGUAACGGCAAAGACUACGUAGGUUUCUGCUCUAACCCUAUAAUGUCUGAUCGAUCACGGAGGGUUAGCACCUCCAGUGCGUACCUACUUCCGGUUCUGGACCGGAAAAACCUGCACAUCGCCCCCUACAGUCAUGUUACAAAAGUGUUGAUUUCUAGCGGUAAGGCCGUGGGGGUGGAGUAUCUCCAGAAUGGACGGCGGGAGGUGGUGGGGGCCAGUAAGGAGGUCAUUCUGUCAGCGGGGCCCAUCCACUCCCCCCACAUACUGAUGCUGUCAGGGGUGGGGCCCAGGAACCACCUACAGGAUCACAAGAUUCAGGUACAUGCUGAUCUCCCAGUUGGCAGCUUCAUCCAAGAUCACAUGAUAUUACCAAUAAGAGGCUCCAUCAACGAGACUCUGACCUUGACCUACCCAAGGUCAACCAGCGUCCUGGCUAAACUUAGAUACAACUUAUUGGGGGGAGGUCCUUUAUCAUCCAAUGGAGCCAUCGUAGGCCAUUCAUUGGUUGAAACAAAACUGAACAAAAGCAGUGAAGCGGACACGAUGAUUAGUUUCCUAGCAACUAUACCGGAACUCUGGUCAGCAAUGGAUUAUGGGUAUGACGGAAAUACUAAAAAAGAGCUACUUCCUGUCAGAAACGGGAGACCAAACUCCACUGAGGGAGUUACCUUCCUUGUUCAGCCCCUGAACAUCAAGAGUAGCGGAACUUUGCGAAUACGCAGCACCAAUCCUUUCGAUCCCCCGGAUGUAGAUCCGAGGUACCUCGAACACGCCGAUGACGUCACAAAUGUAAUUCAAGGUGUAAAAUAUUACUUUAAACUAAUGAAGACUAGAGCAUUUGCUCGCGUCCAAGCGAGACCACCAUUCUUACCUUUUAGCAAGUGUUCGAAUCACAAACUGAAUUCGGACAGUUAUCUAGAGUGCUUGGUGCGCCAUCUAGCUGUGCCGGGAAGUAAUCUGAUUGGCGGGUGUAAGAUGGGAUCAAUGAAAGACAAUUCAAGUGUGGUGGAUCUCAAACUUCGUGUGAAGGGUGUGGAGAGACUUAGAGUGGUCGACUCCUCGGUGAUGCCGACAUUAGUCUCACCCGACCUUAUAGCGCCAUCUAUAAUGUUGGCGGAAAAAGCAGCAGACAUUAUAAAAAGUGGUCAAGUAUCCAAGAAGAAAAUUACAAAGAAAACUAGAUAGCAACGAUGACGUAUAGGAUCUUCAAUUAACAUACAAAUGUGUUCUUUAAAUUAUAAAAACUAAUUCCGAAAUGCAUGCAUGUAUUAAUUUUUUCCACGUACAUGUAGGUGUAAUGCUUUUUGAACAGCGCAAAGAGGGGACAUUUUAUCAUCCUUAUAUCCUAAAUGUAUAUGUCAUUUCAAGAUACUUGACAAAGAUAUUUCGAUACUUUUUUUGUUAAAAAUAGAUAUUAAAACGAUUCAUCGCUGUUUCCUAGAUUUGUCGAUUGAUCUAUAGUGGGUUUUUUUGUACUAAAAGAUUUACAAUAAUAUUAUGUAUACUUGAGUGUUGAUUAUUUUAUAUAUGGCUUACACACAUAUAUAUAAUCAUACCAUGGUGUUUGCAGAAGCUAGGAUACAUUGUGUAAAUCUAUUAUUUAUCAUAUGUUUAAUAAAUAUUAUAUUGAU